GUUCACUCACCUGCCCGCCCUGUGAAGAACGACGUUGCUGAAACGGUUGCCCGUGGGCUCUUCGCCAACCUCGAGCCUCCUUACUAACUUGGCAUCUUUGCUGCCAACCUACACCACCGCAUAAAUUUAGACCAGAGAUAAUUGUCCUGCAUUGCACCUGCAACUUUGGCCCCAGUAUCGUCCCUUCCCAAAGCCUCCCACCCUAGACCGUCUCCCUGACUUGCCAUUGAUCACGGCCGUGUCGCCCCAGCAAGCAAGCCAGCCCGCCAGCCAGCCCUGUGAACGUUGCUGGCCUCGGCCUCACCUUCCCUCCUCCUUCGUGACACAAUGCCCCCGGACCGAGCCUGAGAAGCACGACUCAUCUUUCCGUCUGAAUUCCAAAACCCUGUCCUCAUCGCCCGCCGAACAUCGAGACACCCUCAUCACGAAGCCAACGGCAGCGCGCACGACAGCCAUGGAGCAGGAUCCAUAUUCCAAAAGGGGCCGGUUGAUGGGCAAGUUGUUUGGGAGGGAUCGCAAGACAUCGAACCCAGCCAACAACAAUAACAACAACAAUGAGGAUCUGAACAACUUCUUCCACAGCUCUCACGACAACCUCCCCGUCACGGUCAAUCACCCCGGGCCGCAAUUGUUGGCCAAGCUUGACACGUCCACCGCGAGGCGCUAUCCCAACGCCGCCGAGUAUGGUGCCCAGCAACAACAGCAGCAGCAGCAGCAGCAGCAGCAGCAGACACUCCAGCCAAGCGUCCCCAUUCGUACGCGCUCCCACAGCCCCAGGGUACGAAACAAGAAGGGUCUUGUCGUGAGAUUCGCCGAUACGCGCCCCGAGGUAAUUGGCGACGGUGGGGACGAGUGUAAUGUCCCGACCGCUGAGAUUGGGAAGAGGAAGAGGGCGCAGUCUGCCCCGCCGCCGGCGCAGUUGCAAAAGAUAGCCCGUCUUCGCGAGGGAGAGAGGGAGAGGGCAUAUUCGGAGACCCAACAGGAGGACUUCGUCCCACAACCCAUGAGACGUACACAGACAGGCUUCUCCACCAUCGCGGAUGCUCCUCCGCCGCCAGCACCCCCUGUACCCCCCGCCCCGGAACCCGGCCGUGAUCUCCCACCUGAGCCGCCGAAAGACGCGGAGGCGCCUGCGCCUGCUGCGCCUGCUGUGCCUGCUGUGCCUGCAGGCACUCCCAACGCCUCUCGGUUCCUGGACAAUUCAGUGGUGUCUAACGACGAAAAGAGGAAGUCUUUCAUCGAGAUAAACCAGGCCAAACAGCGCCAGGCUGAGGGCAUGGCGUUCGCACAAGCCGUUCGCCAGUCUUCCGCCCACUCCCUAGAACACCAGUGGGAGGAAAUCAGGCAAGGCGGCGUCGGACCCGGUACACCUACCGACUCUCGCGCUUCGGCGACGUCGUCAGUCGGCGCCGAGUCUCCGGAGAGCCAGUUCAGGAGGCCGCCGGUAGAACAAAGUCCCGCGUCGUCAAACUAUUCCCACACAUCUACCUCGAGCCCGAACAUGUCACAACGAUGGCCGUCGACCAGAGAGCCGCCGCCCAGGCCGACCGAAUCUCCGACGAAGCGAAAUGCCGCUGUGCCUGACGUUGCCACACCCGUUGACGACGCUCUGGAUGUAUUCGCUUCACGAACCCGCCACCUGUUCGAGCUGUUCCGUCUGCACGCAGAGCAGGUUAAGCCCUUCCUUUCAUGUUCCCUAGACGAGCUUGCUCGGGCGGCGCUUUGGUGGUUUUUAAAGGGUAGAAUGGCGCUGGAAAUGUCCAUCAGAGAGGCGCCACAGACACCGCAGACCCAAGGUCAAGUCUCAGCAGCCCGCCAACAAGCAUAUGCAGACCUGGCAAAGGCAUACUUCAUGUUUGAGGAAGUCGUUCCCGAGGUAAUGAGUCAGAAAAGCAGUUCCGUCGAAGCAGAAGUCCAGGAAGUCGGCCAGGCGAUAACGUCGCAAUUAAGAAAACUUUCCUCUUCCAUGAAGCGGAACGGCUUCUUACCCCCAGACGAUGCGCUCUUGCCACAGUCGCUCGAUCGAUCAAUUUGGGUAGAGUAUCCUGCCAUCAGUCAAGAUGUUGUGUCCUUGUUGUGGGGCUCCCGAGGCGGGUCCCUUGCACUACAACAACCCGUCACCAGGAUGCCAUUGCUCGCAACUUUGCCACUGGGCGACACAGUCGACAUGUUCUGCUACGGCCGCUAUUUCGUGGAUGUUUUCCUCAUGGAGCAAGGGAUGGAAAGCCACCCGCUACGCUUCCCCUGCCUGCUCUCCGUAACAAGAGCAACAAAACAAUCCAGCCUCGAGUUCUGUCUUGCAAGCCAGAACGGCGCAGUCCAGUUCCGCAUACAAAGCAACAAGGCGGCGGGCCCAACGUGGGAGGACGUGAAGUGGAGGGUGGAAAAAUGUUCCCUCGAGGUCAGGCUGCCUCGUGGCUUUGCGCUUGCUACCCAGUGUAGACCCCAAGAUUUCAAGCUCCUUUGGAGCAUGCAAGACUUCAAUGCCAAGUCACUCGCGACACUUCAGCCGCGAAAAGAAGAGGAAAUUGUCUUCAAGUCAACCCUGCGCAGCUUUCAGUAUUUCGAUUCCAACGCCCAGUCUGCGACAUUCCCCAAAGAGGCGGUUCGAGCUUGCGAUGUCGGUCUUUUCGAGAAGAUCCUCACGGAAGCAUCGCCGACAGGACAGAGAAAUUAUCACAGAGGCUUCCGCCUGGCUGUCGUAACCGGUCCGAGCACGAAGGUACUCAGUGCAGUCAACCAUGUGUACAGUCCACAGACACCAGUUCAGUUCGGAUUUCUACGCGGCGAGCACAACGAGCCAGCUCUUCUGCUCAGAUUUGAUGAUGGGAACUCAUCCGGUAGGAUGGUCAUGGCCUUCAAUGACGAGCCCGAGCGUCUUCGAUUCCAUAGUAUUUUGGCCGGCACGGUUGUCCAACAUGACGAGAAGGUUCACUCCGAAGUACCCAUUACUGGUUAUGCAGUGUCGCAUACUGUAAAAUCCGGGCCUAUGAAGGGCUUCUCGCAGCUGCCUUGGUCAAGAGUCAGGAUUAUCAAUGAGGACGCUGAGGACGAAAUUCCAGAAACAGUACUAUCGGAGAAGCUCAAGAUCGUGGUCGACUUCAAAUGCGGUACCAUCACCGACAGAGUCAAUGUUGAACCUGGGGAGCUGAAGAUUAGGCUACCUGUGAAGGACCAAUUGAGUCUCUCGAUUCUGCGGCAGCCACAAAAGGACUUGACGAUUGCCUUGUCAGAGUCUCAGGUUCCAAAGCAGACGCCCGAGGAGAUGUACCAGGCGCUUCAGACAACUAGUCGCGCAUCUUCGGUGCGUACGCUGACGUUCACCAGUCAAAGAAACUUGCACGAGUUCGAGGAGGCUUUGACAGGGUUCAAGGUGCUGUUUGAUGGAAUCGCAGCAACACUGGCCAUUUCCCGGCGACGCAUGGUGGUGCCAAUCUACAAGAAGUGGGAGGCAGGAACGACAAGAAUCCAGGUUGUUCAGUCCGAGAACAUCAUUCAGGUGCUUGCCUUCUUCGAGGACUUCCACCAUGGUGAAAGCAUGAGCUUUCCCCUGAAGCCGACCGACGUCUUCGAGACCGUUAGCCGCAGUAAGCUGUCGGGCAUCAAGAUUGACGACGCAAAGUUCCCGCUGCCACGCAGGCCGGAAGAUCAUGAGGGUUCAGCGGACGACGUUUCGUUUGUGUGCUUGGACCUGCCGGAGAUACCAGGAGAGCAUGACGAUAUCACGAUAUUAUUUGAGAGCGAAGAGACACGCGAUGAGCUCAUCCAGUGCUUGCCAGCACCAGUCAAGGGAUCCAAACUGGCGAGGAUGACUGGAAAAUAGAACGGACGGGCAUGAUGACGUACAAGCAUCUUGAUGGAAAUAUAGGACAUACCGUGCAAGAUUUGAGCGGCUGAUAGCUACAUAUACUCUUGCAUUUGCCGCAUGAGAUACCCCCUGCUUGAAAGUUGGAGUAGAUGAACCCUAGCUUCGAAGGAGGAGCGAGGCAGAGCGGGUUCUAGGAAGCGCGAGAGCGCGGAUCAUGGGAGGCCGAGCUCCUCGGUUGGACACAUGUCGGACAGAUUUUGGACACAUAGAGGAAUAGUAAAGUUGAACCACCUGUCCAAUCAAUAUAAUAGGACAUCACCACACA